AUGUUGGGCUGGGUCCAGAGGGUGCUGCCUCAGCCCCCAGGGACCCCACAGAAGACCAGGAUGGAGGAGGAGGAGGGGGCGGAACCAGAGCUGGAGCCCGACCUGGAGGCGGAGCUGGAACCAGCGCCAGGGCCUGACACAGCCCCCCGGGAGGCCAAGCUAGAAGGCGAGUCGCUGCCUCCCGAGGAGCCAUUGGAAGGGGAGGAAGGAGCUGUGGCUGCCCCCGGCCCUCAGGAGAUCCAGAAAGCCGCCUCUGCUCCGCCCUCAUCCCUCCAGGCCCAGCUUGCUGUGGACCCCGGAGUGAACAGUCCCAGCGCCUGGGUGUUGACCUGGCUGAGGAAGGGCGUGGUGAAGGUCAUCCCACAGCCCAUCCAUAGCACUGCAGCCGGCUUCGAGGGCCCCGGUCAGGCAGGAGCUCAGAUCCUUGGGCACUGCAGCACUGGGGCCUCAGAUGGAUCCAACGAGGCCUCCAGGGCAAAGGACACUGGGCCUGUGCCCUGGCUGCUCAGGUGGUUGGAGCAGCACCUGGAGAAAGUGCUGCCUCAGCCUCCAAAAAUGUCCGAGGGCUGCAGAGACGAGCCUGCAGACGCUGCCUUGGGCCCAGAGACCCCAGGGUGCUCCUUGGAAACGGAGCCCGUGCUGCAGGCCCCGGAGAGUCCCCCCCUGCCCACUCCUGGCCCCCCGGAGCCCGAGGAGGAGCCCCAGGAGGAGCCCCAGCCCGGCUUCCAGGCUUCCUCCCUGCCACCACCCGGAGACACUGCCAGGUUGGUGGCGUGGCUCCUGCAUAGACUGCAGAUGGCCCUGCCGCAGCCCGUGCUCCGUGGGAAGGCUGGGGAGCAGGAGCCUGACGGCCCAGGGACAUGUGACGUGCAGACCAUCAGCAUCCUCCCUGGAGGCCAAGAAGAGCCCGGUGAUCUCAUCCUAGAAGAGGUGGACCCUCACUGGGAGGAGGACCAGGCUCAGGAUGGCAGCGCCAGCCCGCAGGGAGCAGCAGCGGUGGCGUCAGCUUACGCGGAGGAGAAUGAGGCCGGGGAAGAGAUGUCCAGGGAGUUUUCCUGGAUUCAAGAGGACAAAGAAGAUGAGGAGGAUGGGGAGGAAGAGGAAGAGGAGGAGGAGGAGGAGGAGGAUGUCCUGCUGGAUAGCUGUCUGGUGGCAGAGGCCAGCGAGGACCUGGGCGGCACAGACAGGACGGUCACCCAGAGGGCCUCCUGCCAGGAAGAAGCCAUAGCCGCCAGCUCAGGAGGCCGGGACAUGGAGCUGAAUGGCCGGGUCCGGGACCAGCCGCCUGGCCAGGUGGCCCCUAGGCUGGCCCCCCUAAACCCGGUGGAGCACCUCCCCAAUGUGCCCAGCUACUGCCCCCCAAUCACCCGCAUCCCCGUCCUCGUCUCCCGGAGGACGACCUUGUCCAACUCCAGCUUCGCCAAGGAGACCAGGAGCUCCGUCCGUCGCCUAGUGCCUGCCACAGAAGAGCACCCGGAAGUGCAGGUGGAAGACACUGAUGCUGACAGCCACCCCCUCAUCGAGGAGGACAAGCCACCCUCACCCGAGCGGCUGCCACCGUCUCCUGCCAAGUCCGACACCCUCACAGUCCCGGGAUCGGCCGCGGGGACCCGCAGGAAGAGGCUGCCCUCCCAGGAUGAGGAAGCGGAAGAGAAGGAGCUGUCGCCGGCCGAGACCCCUGUGGUCGCCUGGCCCGACGCCCCCACCCCGCAGGGUACAGACGACCAGGACCGGGCGUCCUCCUCCGCCAGCCAGAACAGCGCCGUCAUCAACGAGCGGCUGCAGGAGCUGGUGAAGCUCUUCAAGGAGCGGACGGAGAAGGUGAAGGAGAAGCUCAUUGACCCGGAUGUCACCUCCGACGAGGAGAGCCCCAAGCCCUCUCCCGCCAAGCAAGCCCCGGAGCCGGCCGCGGGCACGACGCCCGCUGGGGAGGCGCAGGCGGAGGAGGAGCACUACUGCGACAUGCUCUGCUGCAAGUUCAAGCGCCGGCCCUGGCGGAAGUACCAGUUCCCCCCGAGCAUCGACCCGCUGACCAACCUGAUGUACAUCCUGUGGCUGUUCUUCGUGGUGUUGGCCUGGAACUGGAACUGCUGGCUGAUCCCUGUGCGCUGGGCCUUCCCCUACCAGACGCCGGGCAACCUCUACUUCUGGCUGCUGAUGGAUUACCUGUGCGACCUCAUCUACUUCCUGGACAUCACCGUGUUCCAGAUGCGCCUGCAGUUUGUCAGGGGAGGGGACAUCAUUACAGACAAAAAGGAGAUGCGCAAUAACUACCUGAAGUCUCCCCGCUUUAAGAUGGACCUGCUGUGCCUGCUGCCCUUGGACUUGCUCUACCUGAAGUUCGGCGUGAACCCCCUCCUGCGGCUGCCCCGCUGUCUGAAGUACAUGGCCUUCUUCGAGUUCAACAGCCGCCUGGAAUCCAUCCUCAGCAAAGCCUACGUUUACAGGGUGAUCAGGACCACCGCCUACUUGCUCUACAGCUUGCACUUGAACUCAUGCCUGUAUUACUGGGCAUCGGCCUAUCAGGGCAUUGGCUCCACCCACUGGGUGUACGAUGGCGUGGGGAACAGUUACAUCCGCUGUUACUACUGGGCUGUGAAGACCCUCAUCACCAUCGGGGGGCUGCCCGACCCCAAGACGCUGUUUGAAAUCGUCUUCCAGCUGCUGAACUAUUUCACGGGCGUCUUCGCUUUCUCCGUGAUGAUCGGACAGAUGAGAGACGUGGUGGGGGCCGCCACGGCCGGGCAGACCUACUACCGCAGCUGCAUGGACAGUACCGUGAAGUACAUGAACUUCUACAAGAUCCCCAGGUCCGUGCAGAACCGCGUCAAGACCUGGUACGAGUACACCUGGCACUCCCAAGGCAUGCUGGAUGAGUCGGAGCUGAUGGUGCAGCUUCCAGACAAGAUGCGGCUGGACCUGGCCAUCGACGUGAACUACGACAUCGUCAGCAAAGUGGCGCUCUUCCAGGGCUGUGACCGGCAGAUGAUCUUUGACAUGCUCAAGCGGCUGCGCUCUGUCGUCUACCUGCCCAAUGACUACGUGUGCAAGAAGGGGGAGAUAGGGCGCGAGAUGUACAUCAUCCAGGCGGGGCAGGUGCAGGUCUUGGGCGGCCCUGACGGGAAGUCCGUGCUGGUGACGCUGAGAGCUGGAUCUGUAUUCGGAGAAAUAAGCCUGCUGGCGGUCGGAGGCGGGAAUCGGCGCACGGCCAACGUGGUGGCCCACGGCUUCACCAACCUCUUCAUUCUGGACAAGAAGGACCUGAAUGAAAUCCUGGUGCAUUAUCCCGAGUCUCAGAAGUUGCUCCGGAAGAAGGCCAGGCGCAUGCUGAAGAGUAACAGCAAGCCCAAGGAGAAGAGUGUGCUCAUCCUUCCUCCGCGGGCCGGCACCCCCAAGCUCUUCAAUGCCGCCCUGGCCGCAGCGGGAAAGAUGGGCGCCAGGGGGGCGAAAGGCGGCCAGCUGGCCCACCUCAGGGCUCGGCUCAAAGAGCUGGCUGCGCUGGAGGCGGCUGCCAAGCAGCAGCAGCUGCUGGAACAGGCCAAGAGCUCGGAAGACACGGCGGGAGAGGUGGGCUCCGCCGCCCCCGACCAGCCUGCGCCCCAGGAACCCCUGGCCCCAGGCUCUCAGCCACCCGCCUUGCCUGGGGGCACCGAGAAGGAGGCAACUGGUCCCCAGGAGGAGCAUUCGGUGCGGAUCCGCGUGAGCCCCGGCCUGGACCCUGGCGAACAGAUCCUGUCGGUGGAGAUCCCGGAGGAGAAGAAAGAGGCGGAGUGAGGGGCCCACCCCCACCCCGCCCAGCAGCCCAGCAGCCAAGACGCUGGCCCACAGUGGUGGCCUGGGGGCCCUCGGCUACCUGCUGGCCCUCAUUCCUGCUCCCACACCAGCUUCUCCCGGGCUGGUCUUGGCAUCACCCACUUUCCUAGUGUCCCUAAGUCCCAUCGUCACCUGAGAACCCUGCCUCCCUUGACUAAUAUUUUCAAGGACAAAUACAGUUUUUUCUAGUUUGCAAGUUCAUAGGCAGCGGCUAGAAUGGGGCUUUAAUACCAGGGGACGCUUGGCUGGAGGUCAAGGGUUUUGAAUGUUGGGGGUUUCCCUUCAGGAUCUGUCUUCCAUGUUCCAAGGACAGGAAAUAUCCAGCAGAAAGGUGGGCAGUUGUACUGUCCUUUUUUUAUUUUAUGAAUUUUUUAAAAUAUAUUUUUUAUUGAUUUCAGAGAGGAAG